CUUGGUUUUUCUCGUCUUUCCUACAGAGCGUCCCUGCUUUCUCUGAUUACAGCAAGUCUCUCUCCUCGUCUUCAGUCGGCAGCGAUGGCCCUGCUCAAAUCCAGGAAGAUAAUCCUCAAUGUCGGGGCUUACUACCCCAGUCUGGCAGUGUUCCCUGCCAGAGCCAGCUCCGUGUGGUCCCAAGUGGAGAUGGGCCCCCCAGACCCCAUCCUGGGUGUGACCGAGGCCUUCAAGCGGGACGCCAACCCCAAGAAGAUGAACCUGGGGGUGGGUGCGUACCGCGACGAUAACGGCAAGCCCUUCGUCCUGAGCUGCGUCCGCAAGGCUGAGACUCAGAUCGCUGCCAAGAAGAUGGACAAGGAAUACCUUCCCAUUGGCGGACUGGCUGAAUUCGCCAAGGCCUCUGCAGAGCUGGCACUGGGGCAGAACCACGAGGUGCUCAAGAGUGGCCGGUACACCACCAUGCAAACCAUUUCAGGCACUGGGUCCCUUCGGGUUGGUGGAAACUUUCUGGCUCGUUUCUACAAGUCCAGCAGUGAAGUCUACCUCCCGAAGCCCUCUUGGGGUAACCACACCCCGAUCUUCAGGGACGCGGGCCUGCAGCUCGGCGGCUACCGCUACUAUGACCCCAAGACCUGCGGGUUCGACUUUGCUGGAGCCUUGGACGACAUCUCUAAAAUCCCUGAGAAAAGCAUCGUCCUGUUCCAUGCCUGUGCUCACAACCCCACCGGCGUGGACCCCAAGCCAGAGCAGUGGAAGGAGCUGGCCGCCCUGGUCAAGAAAAGGAGCCUCUUCCCCUUCUUUGACAUGGCAUACCAGGGCUUUGCCAGCGGGGAUAUCGAUAGAGACGCCUGGGCCGUACGCCACUUUAUCGAUCAGGGCCUUAACAUUGUCCUGUCCCAGUCCUACGCCAAGAACAUGGGGCUGUACGGCGAGCGUGUGGGCGGCUUCACUGUGGUCUGCAUCGAUGCUGAAGAGGCAAAGCGUGUGGAGUCCCAGCUCAAGAUCCUGAUCCGCCCCAUGUACUCCAACCCUCCCAUGAACGGGGCCCGCAUCGCUGCCACCAUCAUGAACACCCCUGAGCUGCGCCAGGAGUGGCUGCAGGAGGUGAAGGGCAUGGCAAACCGCAUCAUCAGCAUGAGGGAGCAGCUGGUGUCCAACCUGAAGAAGGAGGGCUCCAGCCACAACUGGCAGCACAUCGUCGACCAGAUUGGCAUGUUCUGCUUCACCGGCCUCAAGCCUGACCAGGUUGAGCGCCUGACCAAGGAGCACUCUGUCUACCUGACGAAGGACGGACGCAUCUCCAUGGCUGGCGUGACUUCGGCGAACGUGGCCUACCUGGCCCACGCCAUCCACCAGGUCACCAAGUAAACUGGGGGGUCGUGUCGAAUGAAAUGCUUGCUUUUCAGCCUCAAUCUUUACUCCUUGUAGAUGUUGGAAGUUUAUCUUAGUGUCUCCAGAUUUUUUUUUUUUUUUUUUUUUGUGUGUUUUCUUCAAGGCCUAACCUGAUUUGAUUGGAUAUUUUUCACAGGAAGGCUUUAGGAAAGCAGUUUGUCAUGGUAACCUCCCCAAUUUGGUUUUGUUUAUUGGAUCGAAAAAACAAAUUGCCCAACAAGGCACUAGAAUCAUGCGCACUUCCUUUUGACUGCCAGUGUUGCCAAGGUACAAGCCACUUUUGGGGUCCCCGGUUUCAGAAGUCCCAGUAUAUUCCCUAUCGGAAACUAGCAUACUAAAUUAAACCAGUAAGGUGUAAAGUAAGAAUCGGCGUGUCGGCUGUGUAUUCCCGUCAGUGGCAGUCAUUGCACAUUUGCUUCAUGAACCAGGGCUCUUUGUAAUUUGUAUUAUGCCCCAACUUCAGCACUUCCAAGAGUAGAGGCUUUCACCUUGUUCUAUUCUGUCCUGUAUCCAUUAGCUCCUUCCUUGAAACUACCUGCUACACCAAUAAAACAAGGUCAUGUCUUAAGCACCUUUUCAUCUAGCUUUUAUAAAUUUGCAAUAUUUAUUUGAAUUGAAUAGUUUGGCUACAUAUAUGUUACUGGGCUCAGUUUCUUUUGCUCCACUUUCACAUGGCACACCAGUGUCUCUCCGGUGCUGCGUUUGUUAUCCGUGCUGUGCAGUAUUAGAAAUAGUGUGACGGAGUACACAAUCAUGAUUUUUAAAUGCUUCCAGGACUACUGUAAAAAAUUGAAAUAAUUUCGAAACUCUAAAAUCCUGGUUCUCAAGCAUUGGUAUAUGUCUUCUUUGUUACUGAAAAUGUAGUUUGGCCAAAGCAUUUCUCAUUUCAAUAAAUUGUAGAUGUGUCACAGGCUUGUACUUGAGGUCAGAAACGCUUACUGUAACCAUCGAAUGUACUUUAAUAAACUAUGUGUGAAAUAUAUACAUGUGAAAAUAUCUGCACUUUUAAUAAUCGUUGUGUACAAGUGAAUAAAGAUGAGCUGAAACUA